UAGGCCAGGGAAACCACAAUUAGAAAAGGUGGUAAAUUAUGUGGAAAUGCAAAAAUUUGUUCUAAAAGUAUUGUUUCUCUAUUCUAAAGAAUUUUUGUGACCAGAAAAUGAAAGAGCAGCCUCCAUCUACCAUGGAUUUUUCGCUGGAUUGCCCCACCUAAACGAUUUGCAAUACAGCUAUAGAACGAUAGGAUUCAAAUAUAAAAAUAUAAAAUGGAUGGUCUAUUUGUUUUUCUUAUCAUGCAGUGUCCCAAUCGCAAGCAUCCAGCAACAGCAUUAGAAAAUAAAAUAGACACCGCCAAAGGCCUUCCGUAGGAAGAAAGUAGGUUUUUUCAAAAUUUGUAGGGAAUUGUGGGUAGAAAAUUUAGUUGCUGCGUAGGUUGUGCGUAGGUAUAAAUUUGUAAGGUGGUAGGUGGAAAUGUUAUAUUGUGCGUGGCAGCACUGCAUCCAGUUGUCUUUGUGGCGACUGCCGUGUGCAAAGGCACAUUUUUCUUGAAGAAACCAAACAGUCGCAAGAAUAGUGCAUUUGUUGCUCAUAUAUCAGGAUGGCAAGCAGCAGUAAAAAAACUGGACUUGAUGACUUUGUUAAAAUUGGAAAAGAGCUCUACAGCUCCUCUGAAGAACAUCCAACGCCUGUUUUAGCCAAGAUUACUGGAAAGAUUCCCGACUGGUUUGAAGGCACACUUAUCAGAGUAGGGCCGGGAAAAUUUGAAUGGGGAAAAAGCAGUUAUAAUCAUUUGUUCGAUGGAGAAGCAUUAAUGCAUAAAUUUGAUGUCAGCAAAGGAACAGUCAAAUAUUCAAGUGAAUUUCUGCAUAGCCACUCCUAUGACAAAUCCAAGAAGUAUGGGCGUGUGGCGACCCCCGGUUUUGCUACAUGGGCACCCCCUGAUCCAUGCAAAAAUAUCUUCCAAAGGUUCUUUCUCUACUUCUUGCCACCAGCCAUGAGCGACAAUUGCAAUGUCAAUAUGGUUAAGAUCAAAGAAGAGAUAUUUGCUUCAACAGAGACCCCAUAUAUUUAUCACGUUGAUCCAAGUAACCUUGGAACUCUGGAGGAGCAUGACUUAAAAUCUACUUUGAAUGGUCCCAGAUCUCUUUUGGCGCAUCCUCAUUACGACGAAGCAGGGUAUGUGUACAAUGUAUCGAUAAACUGGCUGAGGUCCCGAUAUGAGAUAUUCAGAAUCCCACCUAAUGCAAAUGCCACAGACCCCUUUUCUGGUGCAACAAUCAUAGCUACAGUUCCUUCUAGCUUAUCUAGUCCUGCUUAUUUCCACAGCUUUGGUAUGAGUGAAAAUUUCUUCAUCGUAAUUGAAAAUCCACUUGUAAUAAAGUCAUUGUGGAAAAUGAUCACCAUGAACUUCUUGGAGAAUUCUUUUUUGGAUGUGCUCAAAUGGAAACCAGAGUUAAAGACAAGGAUGAAUCUGAUCAACCGCCAUACAGGGAAAGUGGAAAAGACCUUCCUGCUGAAUCAAAUUUUCACUUUUCAUCAUGCAAAUGCUUAUGAAGAGUCCGGUCAGGUUGUUGUUGAUGUAUGCGGUUAUCCGGAUGCUUCUGUAAUCGAGGCAUUCUAUUUACGCAAGCUGCGAAAUGGCUUAAAGGGAGUUGACUACACGAUUCCAAUACUUCGUAGGUACCGGUUACCUAUCCCAUCAACCGGACAGGUAACAAAAGAGCCAGAAACCCUGCCUAAACUUGCGAACGGAGAGCAAUUUGAAGUUAUUUGCGAGGGAUUUGAAAUGCCACGCAUCAACUACUCAUACAAUGCUAAGAAGUACAAGUUUACAUACGGCACUGUUUUUCGUGAUAAGAAUUACUUCCUUGAAAACAUCGCAAAAGUCAACGUCGAUACGAAAGAAGUAGUGAGCUGGAUUGAGGAGGACUCAUAUCCGUCCGAGCCAGUUUUUGUACCGGCCCCGGAUGCUAAAGAGGAGGAUGAUGGGAUUGUACUCAGUGCUGUUGUUGGUGUCCUAGGGAAGCCAUCUUUUCUUUUAUUUCUGGAUGGUAAAACCUUUACUGAAGUAGCCCGCGCAGUGGUUCCUUGUAAACUGGCAAUGACAUUUCACGGAGCCUACCUGCAUUAAGACUGCAAAAUAUCAUUGAUAAUUCUACCUGCAUUAAGAUUACAUUCCCUAGUUUUCAUUGUGAAACUCAUGUUCAAUGAUUGUAAA